AUGGAGUCUUUGGAACGAACCAAAACUCAUGGCCAUGCCCACCGAACUCAUUCGGAGGCAUCAGGUCAAGGCUCCGAUCCCUUGACCCUACCAUACCGCGAAGUGACCGAAACUGCCAACAUGGAAGAAUACACCACGGAAACAACAACAGGAGAGAUCAUCAAACCAGUUCGAUCUACGCUUACCGGGAAGGAUGAAGAAUGGAAGCUGGUCACCUUCAAUAUUGAUGAUCCGGAGAACCCAAAGAACUGGUCAAAGGCGUACAAAUGGUACUGUACUAUGGUUGUUUCAUUUACAUGCUUCGUGGUCGCGUUUGCAAGCAGUGUCAUUACCGCCGAUAUAGAAGGACCAUCAGAGACUUUUGGCGUUUCAAGAGAGGUCAGUCUGGUUGUGGUGACCGUCUUUGUCAUUGGAUUUGGCGUGGGACCGAUGGUAUUCGCGCCGCUAUCUGAGAUGGUAGGACGCCGAUUGGUCUAUGCAGGAACCCUGCUAUUGGCCGUGAUAUUCAUCAUCCCCUGUGCUGUUGCUCCCAACAUUGCAACACUCAUUGUUUGCAGAGCCAUUGACGGUAUCGCCUUCAGCGCACCAAUGACGCUGGUAGGUGGCACACUCGCGGAUAUGUGGAAAAAUGAAGAACGAGGUGUCCCUAUGGCAGCUUUCUCGGCCAGCCCGUUUCUUGGUCCUGCAAUCGGACCUUUGGCCGGUGGCUAUCUUGCCGAUGCAACAAACUGGAAAUGGCUCUACUGGUUGCAGCUAAUUCUUGCCUUUGUGGCUUGGCUGCUGAUCACGUUUACCGUUCGCGAGACCUAUGCGCCAACUAUUCUAAAGCGAAGAGCGAAGAAGCUGAGGAAGGAAAGGAACGACUCCCAGUACGUUACUGAGAUGGAACUUGAUGCUAGACCGAUGGCGGAGAGAAUGCGACUUAUUCUCUUCCGGCCUUUCCAACUUCUGUGCCUGGAGCCCAUCGUCCUGUUCAUCGCUCUUUACAUGUCGGUCCUUUACGGUCUGCUAUACAUGUUUUUCAUCGCAUAUCCAGUUGUCUACCAGGGUGGUAAAGGCUGGAGUGCCGGCUCCACCGGUCUUAUGUUCAUUCCGCUCGCCAUCGGCGUCCUCAUGAGCGCUGCAUGCGCACCGUUCGUGAACAAACACUAUCUGUCGCUGUACAAGCAAUAUGGUGGAAAGCCUCCCGCUGAAGCCCGUCUAAUCCCAAUGAUGUUCUCCUGCUGGCUUGUUCCUAUCGGAUUGUUCAUCUUCGCCUGGACCUCCUAUCCCUCUCUGCAUUGGAUUGGUCCUGCAAUUGGCGGCUGGCCAGUUGGGUUCGGUUUUAUUUUCUUGUACAAUUCAGCAAACAAUUAUCUUGUCGACACCUACCAGCAUCAGGCAGCAUCUGCGCUUGCCGCAAAGACGUUCCUUCGCUCUAUAUGGGGAGCAUCCACUGUCUUAUUCACUGAACAGAUGUAUGCCAGACUGGGCUACCAGUGGGCCAGCUCCCUGCUGGCUUUCAUUGCCCUUGCCUGCUGUGCAAUCCCGUAUAUCUUCUACUUCAAGGGAGCGUCUAUCCGUCGGUUCUCAAAGUUUGCUUUCAGUGAAGAUGAAGAGCGGGGAGAGAAACUCUAA